AUGAGUUCCUUCGAAGAACUGAAUCAACAGCAAUCCAUAUCUCCCUUACUGACAACGAUGGAAUCUUUAACAUAUUUGGUACAAGAAACAGUGCCACCAGUUUAUUUCUCAAUCCACCUUCUGCUGCAGGUAUUGGAUGUCGUACUGCAGAUCUUCUGCCUUCCAUUCAAAGAAGAGAAAGUUGGCCUUGGAAAGGAAAUGACAUUACGAGAAGCUGCUAUGACAGGUGACCUCAUUUCAGUCGAGCUCUUACUGAAGGCGGGCAAAGACCCAUCAGAACGAGACAAGGAACACUACACGCCUCUACACUGGGCUGCUGCUAAGGGACAUAAAAAAGUCGCAAAGAAACUUCUUGAAGUCGGUGCCGGUCUGGAAGUGAAAGGAGGACGGUUCCUGUUCACUCCAUUACAUAUGGCAGCAGGAGAAGGUCAUUUCGGCACAACUCAGUUACUCCUUGAUGCAGGAGCCCAAGUAAACUCCUUUGAUAAGUUCUAUGACACCCCCAUGCACUGGGCAGCUUGGUUCGGUCAUUUGUCAGUGUUGCAGUUUCUUGUUGAAAGGGGCGGAAAUUUCUCUGUCAUGAACAGAGAUGGUAGCACACCGCGGGAUAUGGCGUCACUUAGAGGAAACGUCAAUAUCGUUCAGUGGCUGGACGGAAUGAAAUUCGUUACGUAG